CUGCUGUUUCCCCUCACAGCCCAGCAUGAGAACUUCAGGAAAAACAGAUUGAAGAGCUGAAGGGACGAGAAAUUAGUCCUAAAGUAUAUUUCAUGAAGCAGACCAUUGGGAACUCCUGUGGCACAAUUGGACUUAUACACGCAGUGGCCAAUAAUCAAGUUAAACUGGGAUCUGAGGAUGGAUCAGUCCUGAAACAGUUUCUUUCUGAAACAGAGAAACUGUCCCCUGACAGAGCAAAAUGCUUUGGAAAGAAUGAGGCCAUACAGGCAGCCCAUGAUGCCGUGGCACAGGAAGGCCAAUGUCGGGUAGAUGGCAAAGUGAAUUUCCAUUUUAUUUUGUUUAACAACAGGGAUGGCCACCUCUAUGAACUUGAUGGACGAAUGCCUUUUCCAGUGAACUACGGUGCCAGUUCGGAAGAUAUCCCGCUGCAGGAUGCUGCCAAGGUCUGCAGAGAAUUCACCGAGCGUGAGCAAGGAGAGGUCCGCUUCUCUGCCAUGGCUUUCUGCAAGGCAGCCUAA